AUGCCAAUUCUGGCCAUCACUGGGCUCUUGCUGCAUGUUCCGCUCUCCCAUGCGAACCUCCGCAAUGUCACUCUGUCACGCAUCAUUCCUUUCCAAUCGUCAUACUCCAUAUUAAACAACGUAGGUCACUGGCUGCAGUUCAUGCUAUUCAUCACCUGCCAUAUCGUACCUCGAUACCACACUAUGAGCCUCCUUCCUCUCACUGGUGAAUCUCACAACGAUGUGAAUACUCGUGCCUGCUACAACUUCCAGGUGACUAGCGAUGCGGGGGAAUUGCACUUUGAUGCCCGUCAUCCCCAAAAGCCACUCGUACCCCUCCCCCUCCCAGGCCAACGUGAUCCAUCAUGCAUGCAAUCCCUGGGCAAGGCUCAAAUAUCGUCGUUGCAGCUUCAACCUCAGAAUGUUCCUCAUGUGUUCUUGCAUCUGACUUGCUCCUGCCUCUAUGCGCAAUUACCUCGUCAAAGUACCUACAAGGACCUUCCUCAAUACUUCUCCUCUUCCUCUCUCUCCCACUUCACAUCAUUUGCCUGCAUCCAUCUGUUUUGCCCACGCUUCAUCAUCAUCAUAUUUGCUGCUUCACCAUCCCGAGGACAGGCAGCUGAUACGAAGCAGGGUUCAACUAUUGCACCAGACAGCCGGCACAUUUCUCUAGAGAGCUCCCAAAGUCUCUCGACCCAUCGAAUAGCCGGCUUCUACCUUAUUGCUCUGCUCGAUCGCGGUCGCGUCAGCGGUCAGCACCUGCUUCUUCCCGCCGUGCAGCACUCUUGGCGUGCAACCAUCAACCGCGAACCGUCUUUGUCCAGUCCCGUUCUUCCAACUUCCGCUCCAUACGGAUACAAGACACCACAGACCGAAUUUGCUCAUCUCAAGCAACGGCAGAUCUCAUCUGCCAUCAGGACGUUCGAAUCAACCACGACUCGACGCCGACUCAAAAGACGUGCGGCUGCCGGGGAUCGCGGACAGGAAGAGAAAAUUCUGAUCCAUCCUCCAAGCUCGCGACUGGGAUCCAUCAAGCGCGAGGCCCCCGUCCUUCUCUUCCACAACGGCCAACCUUGCCUUGCUCGCUCACCCAAACCAAUUUGGGAGCCGAUCCUCUUCACCCCUCUAGCCGGGCGCAAAGUCAAAGUCAGCGAAACAUUGACUGUCGUCGUACACGAUGCCAUUUUGAAUCCCAUUGAUUCUCUGUGGAAUCCCGUCGACAUUGCAAGCCAAACCACCAAAUCAUCUCCAUACCAACAACUCCAUUUGAGUUUUCCAAGCCCUUUCGGCUCGUCGUCGGCGGGUGGGCUCGUGUUUCGGACCAGACUGCGGCCAGCCACGUUACGCCAGGGGAACGAGAAAAAUUUUCACCUAGGACGCUCUAGCGGCACUGGCCCGGUAAGAUUCCCCCGUGGCACCGUUGGAGACCUUUUUCCGUCUCUCUUUUGGUGUGGUGGAAGCCAUCUCCAAAAUUCAAAUUCCACGCCUGUUCGUGCGAGGACCCAAUUUCGCUUACUCGUCACCGGUAAAUUUACCCACACGGCAGCGCCUACUUUCACAAGGAUCACUGGGCUUUAUCUCUGGAACUUUUUUUUUCUGGUGCCCCUCGCCCCUCUUGCUCUUCCACGAAAAAAGUUGCGCCCGGGGACUAGGAACCGCCAGCCGGGGGGUGUUAAAUCCCCCCGGCCGUUAAGGCGCCGGAGUCACUAUCAGAAGCGGUGGCCGGAUUUUGAUACUGGUGUGGCUAAUUUCAGCGUCAAGCAGUCAAAGGGAUCCAGCGCCAGUGCCCAACGUUGGGAAUCGAGUUGCAACUUGCAGGAGGCCAAAGGGCCACUGCAGGCAAACGCAAGUGGCCUGGACGACGAGGAGCUUCUUUCGAGUCAGCAGCGAACCAAAGCGCACUUGCAUCGAGCUACUGGAGUCAUCAUCACCGUCGUUGUCGACCACGACUACUGCAACUUUUCUGAGGAUCUGAGUCGCUGCUCGCUUCCGCGCGAUUUUGAACAAACGCACAAACGAAGGACGAACAGAGACGCAAGACCAGACAACGGAGUGUCUAUUGGUCUAUCGCCGAGAGGUGAACAAGCCAGGGAGAGAGACAAGCGUUCACCCAACGUGUCUUCGCCUAGGAGGCUGGUGUUGCAAAAGGGAGUACCCAGCAGCAGCGGCAAAGCAUCAGAAUAUUCAUUGGGAGCUGCCAUCUACUGUUCUCGAUCAAGCAUCCAUCUAUCCGCCCACCGCGGCGAGCUGACCGGGGUCCCGAGAGAACGCAGAACAGCACAGAACAGCGGCGAGCACGAGGUACUUUGUUGGAAGUCGAGCCAUAGGGACACGCCCCCCUCCAGGAACUUGUCGUCUGUGUUUCCUCCCAAGAGGGGGCGCUCUAAAUUGGAGCCAGGUUCCGUGGAUCAGAAAAGGGAGCUGCUUUGGUUCCUCCGGGCAGGCCACCACGCCCUGGUGCGAGACUUGCGAGACUUUGGACUACCACCCCCUGUGGACCUCUUUCGCGCGCAUUCCCACUCCUCCCUUCUCCUCUCCCACAAAAACUGGGAAAACGCACCGACUUCGGCUUCGGCUACCAACCACCUUCAACCCAUCCUCGACAAAAGAGUCGUCAUUCGUUGCUUCGCUGGCGUCCUCCGAGAAGCCUCCAGCAACUUCCAUUCAUCACACACUACCGACGUCGAGAAGAUUCCUUCCCGAGCUCGUUAUAUCAAACUUGGUCAUGUUCGGGCACAGAAGACAAACUUCCUCUCCUCUAUCAUCCGACCGCAUACCAAGGUGACUUGCUUCACCUUUUCUUCGCGCCUCGACAUCGGCGCGACACCCUGGCCCUGGAAUCACAACCAUCCGCAUCGACACAACCUACCGACAUUUUGGGGGGAGUCGUGA